CUUUCAACAUGGCGGCCGAGGUUGAUGUUGCAGGCACUAAACCUCGUAGUUAUUCGUCAUUUUGCUUUCGUGUCCGCUGUUUUUGAUGUCUUCUUCUAUACACGAAGAAAUUUUAGAAGCUCAGUCUCAAGGUUAUACUUUGCUUUACUUGAAUUAUCGCAAGCUUAGUGAAUUACCUGAGGAACUUCUCUCCUUGUCAAAGAUAAAGAAACUAUAUCUAAAGCGAAAUGUGCUACGAAAACUGGUAAGCGGUGCCGUUUUAGCACAGAUGCGUUCAAUCUGUAUUUCAAGGUUCUUAAAAGCUUUGUUUUUCUACUUUUAUCAGCCAGCAGAUAUUUGGAGACUUGGAAAUCUAGUAGAACUGUAAGUGGCUACAGUGAAUUAAAUGGUUCUUCUUGUUUCUUUGCAGCUACAUGACUACAGAUUAAGUGAAACAAAAGAUUAAGAACCAAAGAACCAUAUAACAGAUAUAACAUAUAUAUAACAGUUAUACAGGUUUUAUCAAAUUGAUCCCUGGAGUACCGAGGGGUAGAAACAUGCCAUUGUCUAUUCGCAGUAUGUCCUAUGUAGAAGCAGAUUUUGAUGCCCUAGAUUUUUGUUGUCAGCACUUUUGGAAAUUGCACCUUAGCAGUUCAUGAUUGGUCCAUGAUAAAAUUUUGAUGUUGUGGGAGUUUGGGAUGGGGGAGACUUUGGAAAUGUUUUAUAAUGUCCCACAGCAAGCUGAAAGAAAACGUUUUAUUUAAAUUAUUGCCCUUGGGACGAAAUCCCGAGGAGACACUCUAGUAACUUGCGUGUAUAUUAAGGAAAGUACUUACAGUUGAAAUAUACAAUCAUACAGUCAAUAUAGAAAAAAUCUCGAUUUGCUUGAACAGGGACCGCGAGGAAUCGGUAGGUAAUGAUGACAUUUCUAUUGUUUGCGGCCCCAAAUACGAAAUGGUUAGGAUGACGUAAGGACAGAACAUCCCCAAGGGACCGCUUAGGUAGAUUUUGUGACAUUUAUUGUGCAGUCAUACUUCGACACUCUUUUGCGUUACUUGUUAUAUGUGACAUUCUGUGGAGCAGUUGUUUCAGUGAAACAACUGAUAACGACACUCGUUAAACACAGAAGAAGUUAUAAGGUGCGUAUAACUGUGUAUAUAUAAACACUUGGAGAGUUUGCCAGACACGAGUUCACAAAUCUUUCAUUGGAAACCUUGGGAAUAAGACUCAGCCCCAAACAAGCAAGACGAGUGAACAACGGCUAGCUUUUCACUAGCAGAACGAUGAACGAUUACAGAAAUUCGCCGACAAUCAAAUUCUGAGCUGACUCAUUCCCUGCUGACAGAUGUCCUUCCGCUAUAAAGUUUAAAAUAAGACUAGAAUGUGCGAGUGUGAAUUAAUUAAACAUCCUUUUAAUUUCUAAGGCUUCCUUUCCUGCAAAUAAAAGGAACUGAAUGUAACAAGUGAAAGAGAAAUAGCGAAAAAUUCAACUUCUAAUUAAAUCUUUUCUUAUGGUUUAGAAUAAACUAUUCUCGAAACUGAGAAUGUUUUGAUCAAAGCUGUGUAAAUUGACCUGAAACUGUGCAUGGAACCUUGCGUUUCCUGUAUUUAUCUCACCUAUUGUAUGGAAUAUGUGUGAAAAUCUUCAUUAUGAAUCGGCAUAUUUCAAAGAGCUACACAACGAGCAAGAAUGCUAGCUAUUGACCGACAAUAUACAGAGCGGGGGCAGCUGUAGUGUCAACUGUUGCUAUCAGGAGAGUAACCAAAAUUCACAAAUCUUCCAAAUUAAGCAAUUAUAAGCGCCACUUGUAUUGUUUUAGAGGUCCUCCCAAAUGUGUUCCUUGUUUCUCAGCACACUAAUAAAUUUUAAAAGGGCUAAAUUAAGCUAUUUGCUAUCAGAUCUUUUUUAAAAGCUGAGACUUUUUUCGUAUUGACAAAUUCCAAAACUAAUGGUCCAUUUUUGUUAUAUUACACUAUUAUUUAGGCAUUGAAAAUGUUUCUUGUCGCCUGCUGCUACAAAUGGCGAGGAUUGACAUUGAUUGAAAUUUGCCCAACUUUUUCAAGUGUUAAAUGCUAUUCAAGCAAAAAUCACCCCAAAUGUUAGAGUUAGUGUUCCCUGAUGAGAAUGUAAUUGUUUUACAUCUUUUCAACACUCUACAGGAGCAAUUUUUUAACCCUUUAAGUCCCAAUAUUGACCAACAUCAAUUUUCUCCUAAUAAUAUCCAUACAUUGUCAAGGUUAUGAGAAUUAAUAAGGUGGUCACCUAAGAGAAGAUACUUUGAUCUUUUAUCAAAUUCUCUCAACUCAUUCUUUAAAGAAAUAUAUAGAGAUCAGUUUGGAGUAUUUGUAUUUGGAUAUUGGGACUUAAGAGGAUGAUGAAAGACAAACAUGCUGAGCUAAAUGUUGUGAACUGAAUGGCCAGAAAAUGCAACGUACUUCUUCCUGAGGUCUCGUGAUUUUCCGUUUCCCUUAUAUAAACAGGAAGUUGCAAACAUCGGGCAGCAAGGAGAAUGCAAAGUGAACCCUUCCUCGGGGAAGCGAAAUAAAGAUAAAGUAGUUUUUUCUUUUUCUUUAAGUCUAAAAUAGCUCGUCCACCGCAUUUUUUAAACUUUACGAGAAACUACUUUCAUCGCUCUGAUAUUCAAUGUUCCCCAACAACGAUGCCCCCCCCCCCCCCCCCCCCCCCCCCCACCCCCCCCCAGCUGCGCACAAAACACAAACACGAUAAGAAAAUAGCCUAAGCUCGGCGCAAGAGUGCUCCCAGAUCACAUAUAAUGAACAAGAAAAAUAUAAGGAGACCACAUUCAACCAAAGCCGAUAUCGAAAGUUUCAAAGCCCAAAAAAUCAUUCGAUUAUCCCCUUCACUUGAAUUCCUGAGUCCGGCAACCCCCCCCCCCCCCCCCCCCCCCCCCCCCCACCCCCCCCCAGCACAACACCCCUUAUUCGUUUUUCACCAAACAGGACCACGGAGGUGUCUGUCAAUUUUUUUUUACUACAAAAAACAAAAAUAUGUUUUUUUUUUUUUUUUUCUUAAAAAAAUCGCCUCCCCCCACAUUUUUUUAAAUUAUAACAAAAACUCUUUCCUCCCCUCUGAUUACAAAUUUCCCCAACAAACGGUCCCCCCCCCCCCCCCCCCGGGCAACAAUGUUGACGAAGGCGUGAAAACAAUUCAAGCAUUUGUAAAGGACUCUUUUGCGGUCGUUCAAUAAGUUCUAUAAUCUCAUACAAAAUGCAGAAUGAAUGGCAUGUUUCAACACAUUCAAUAUGGUGUCAGGCAGGGAAUAUUCAAUAAUGAUUACAGUGUAAGGGAGAGAGGAGAAGACAGUUUUUAAUACGGUCUUACGGUCUGUGAUUGUUUAGUAAAUACUGUGUCCCGACUUUUUUAAACUUUCACCAUACAUUUGUUCGUGUUAUCAUCGCUUGUGGAGCCUUUUGCAGUUAUUUUCGAAGGCUGUCGUACACUAAGGCCAAGUCGUUAUAACUUGCUACUAUAUCGACAUGAUCUUCACCAAAAAUCUUUUUGCGAAUCACAAGUGCUUUUUCGUGAAGUUCUUUAGCUUGAUUGUAUUCUCCCAGCCUGUUGUACAAUGAUGCCAAGUUAUUAUAACUUGUUGCUACAUCGGCAUGAUCUUCACCGAAAAUCUUUUUGCGAAUCACAAGUGCUUUUUCGUGAAGUUCUUUGGCUUUAUUGUAUUCCCCAGUCUGUCGUACACUGAUGCCAAGUUGUUAUAACUUGUUGCUACAUUGGCAUGAUCCUCACCAAAAACCUUUUUGCCAAUCACAAGUGCUUUUUCGUGAAGCUCUUUGGCUCGAUUGUAUUCUUCCAGCCUGUUGUACAACAAUGCCAAGUUGUUCUAACUUGUUGCUACGUCGGCAUGAUCUUCACCGAAAAUCGUGUUGUAAAUCUUCACUGCUUUUCCAUGAAGUUCUUUGGCUUGAUUGUAUUCUACCAGGCUGUCGUACACUAAGUCCAAGGCGUUAUAACUUGUUACUACAUCGGUUGGUCUUCACCAAAAAUCUUUUUGUGAAUGACAAGUGCUUUUUCCUGAAGUUCUUUUGUUCGAUUGUAUUCUGCCAACCUUCUGUAUACUGAUGCCAAGUCGUUAUAACUUCUUGCUACUUAGGCGUGAUCUUCACCAAAAAUCUUUUUGCGAAUCACAAGUGCUUUUUCGUGAAGUUCUUUAGCAUGAUUGUAUUCUCCCAGCCUGUUGUACACUGACGCCAAGUUGUUAUAGCUUGUUGCUACAUCGACAUGAUCUUCACCAAAAACUUUUUUGCCUAUCACAAGUGCUUUUUCGUGAAGUUCUUUGGCUCGAUUGUAUUCUCCCAGCCUGUUGUACAACAAUGCCAAGUUGUUAUAACUUGUUGCUACAUUGGCAUGAUCUUCACCAAAAAUCGUUUUGUAAAUCUUCACUGCUUUUUCAUGAAGUUCUUUGGCUCGAUUGUAUUCUCCCAGGCUGUCGUACACUAAGGCCAAGUCGUUAUAACUUGUUGCUACAUCGGCAUGAUCUUCACCAAAAAUCUUCUUGCGAAUCACUAGUGCUUUCUCCUGAAGUUCUUUUGCUCGAUUGUAUUCUCCGAACCUUCUGUACACUGAUGCCAAGUCGUUAUAACUUGUUGCUACAAAGGCAUGAUCUUCACCAAAAAUCUUUUUGCUAAUCACAAGUGCUUUUUCGUGAAGUUCUUUAGCUUGAUUGUAUUCUCCCAGCUUGUUGUACACCAAUGCCAAGUUGUUAUAACUUGUUGCUACAUUGGCAUGAUCUGCACCAACAAUCUUUUUGUAAAUCACAAGUGCUUUUUUGUGAAGUUCUUUGGCUCGAUUGUAUUCUCCCAACCUGCUGUACACUGAUGCCAAGCUGUUAUAAAUUGUGCUACACAGGCAUGAUCCUCACCAAAAGUAUUUCUGUGAAUCACAAGUGCUUUUUCGUGAAGUUCUUUGGCUCGGUUGUAUUCUCCCAGCCUGUUGUACAACAAUGCCAAGUUGUUAUAACUUGUUGCUACAUUGGCAUGAACUUCACCAAAAACCGUUUUGUAAAUCUUCACUUCUUUUUCAUGAAGUUCUUUGGCUCGAUUGUAUUCUCCUAGGAUGUCGUAUACUAAGGCCAAGUCGUUAUAACUUGUUGCUACAUCGGCAUGAUCUUCACCAAAAAUCUUUUUGCGAAUCACAAGUGCUUUUUCCUGAAGUUCUUUUGCUCGAUUGUAUUCUCCCAACCUUCUGUACACUGAUGCCAAGUUGUUAUAACUUGUUGCUACAUCGGCAUGAUGUUUACCAAAAAUCUUUUUGCGAAUCACAAGUGCUUUUUCGUGAAGUUCUUUUGCUCGAUUGUAUUCUCCCAACCUUCCGUACACUGAUGCCAAGUCGUUAUAACUUCUUGCUACAUCGGCAUGAUCUUCACCAAAAAUCUUUUUGCGAAUCACAAGUGCUUUUUCGUCAAUUUCUUUAGCUCUAUUGUAUUCUCCCAGCCUGUUGUACACUGAUGCCAAGUUGUUAUAACUUGUUGCUACAUCGGCGUGAUCUUCACCGAAAAUCUUUUUGCGAAUCGCAAGUGCUUUUUCGUGAAGAUCUUUGGCUUGAUUGUAUUCUCCCAGUCUGUCGUACACUGAUGCCAAGUUGUUAUAACUUGUUGCUACAUCGGCAUGAUCUUCACCAAAAACCUUUUUGUAAAUCACAAGUGCUUUUUCGUGAAGUUCUUUGGCUCGAUUGUAUUCUCCCAACCUGUUGUAUACUGAUGCCACGCUGUUAUAACUUGUUGAUACAUCGGCAUGAUCUUCACCAAAAAUCUUUUUGCGAAUCACAAGUGCUUUCUCGUGAAGUUCUUUAGCUCGAUUGUAUUCUCCCAGCCUGUUGUACAGCAAUGCCAAGUUGUUAUAACUUGUUGCUACAUUGGCAUGAUCUUCACCAAAUAUCUUUUUGUAAAUCACAAGUGCUUUUUCGUGAAAUUCUUUGGCUCGGUUGUAUUCUCCCAGCCUGUUGUACACUGGUGCCAAGUUUUUAUAACUUGUUGCUACACAGGCAUGAUGUUCACCAAAAAUCUUUUUGCGAAUCACAAGUGCUUUUUCGUGAAGUUGUUUGGCUCGAUUGUAUUCUCCCAGCCUGUUGUACAACAAUGCCGAGUUGUUAUAACUUGUUGCUACGUUGGCAUGAUCUUCACCGAAAAUCGUUUUGUAAAUCAUCACUGCUUUUUCAUGAAGUUCUUUGGCUUGAUUGUAUUCUCCCAGCCUGUUGUACAACAAUGCCAAAUUGUUAUAACUUGUUGCUACAUCGGCAUGAUCUUCACCGAAAAUCCUUUUGUAAAUUAUCACUGCUUUUCCAUGAAGUUCUUUGGCUUGAUUGUAUUCUCCCAGGCUGUCGUACACUAAGGCCAAGUCGUUAUAACUUUUUGCUACAUCGGCAUGAUCUUCACCAAAAAUCUUUUUGCGAAUCACAAUUGCUUUUUCCUGAAGUUCUUUGGCUUGAUUGUGUUCUCCUAGCCUCCAGUAUACUAAACCACUCGUGUUGAAAAUUCUCGCUUUUCGAGCUAAUGCACGUGAAUUAGUUUCGUCUAUGCCCUCCAAUAGAUUGCGUGCUAAACCGACCACUUUUCUCGCGAAAAAGUAAUAAGAAUUGUUAAGACAGACACUGGCAAUUGUACACAGCCAAUCGAUAACAAUAUCCAAAUCUACAAAGGGCGUAAGCCUUUUUUUGAAAGUGUAUUGAUCGAAACUGAACUCUAACGUCAUGUGAUUAAGUAAAGAUUCACAAUGGGGCGUCAAUUUUUUGCAAAACGCAUACUUUUCGCUAUUUCCUUCAAGCUGGGACUUGAAAAUCUUUACCGCUUCUGCCAUAUGUUGGUCAUACUCCCAUGAUUUUAAAUUUAACAUUUUGGCUUGCUUUAAAGCUUCAUACACAAUUUUAUGCAAGCGCAAAUAAGUUAUUGGUUUAUUUCCUUCUUCGGAAUAAACAAGAAGUAAAGAAGACCUUACAAUCUUUGCCUUUAUUAACUCCUCUGGCUGGUCUUUUACUUGGGCUUUGACGAACUUUGAAACAGUUUCGAGGGGGAGAUCUUCUUUAGCGCAAAGAGAAAGAAAAGAAAAUGUCUGACGAAGAACCUCGUCAACGUCGGCAGCUCUCUUGAUGGCCAUUUCUACAGCGGCCAUUGUUGUUUUAGAAUAUGCUGAACUCUCAGUCGCAAGGACACUUUCAAUCUCAUUUCUUUGGCCAUAUGUUGAUAUGUCGUCGAGGUACGCUUUCCAAUCAUAAUUUAAAGACCCACUGUUUACAACAGUUUGCACGUAAUAAGCAGCAGCAGCUAAGGCCAGUGGCUGAAAAUCGAGAAGUUCAGCGACAAUUUCUUCUUGUCCUCGCUCUGAAAUUUGCGUUAGUGUUUCCAGCAAUUUCACCGCCUCAUCUAACUUCAUUCCUUUACUUAAAGAUUCAUGAUACGUAUGAGGCGCGUUUUGAGGAAUUAUACCACUAUCUUGAGUGGUAAUCAAGACUUGACCAUGGCCCCAUUCCACGCUGCCUGUUUGAGGCAGCAAGCCGCGGACUAAACGCAAGUCAAUUACAUUGUCCACGAUAAUAAGCCAUUUGGUAAACUUGCUGGCUUUUGGUAUGAUGAACCGAUGGAGCUGCUGAAUUGCUUCAAGAGGCUUUUCACUUUUUAAAGAUUCUAACUCUUUCAAGGCGUAUUCAGUCAUCUGUAAGUGUUUGGCAAGGGUAAGGUAAGAGUCAGCAAGUGUAAUUGUAAAGCUCCUCCAUUUUGUUUGUAAUUCUUUCAAUAUCAUGCGAACGCUUGAUGAUAUCAUGUGGGGGACGCGAUGUGAGAAAGCAAAAUGGCUGAAAUUUCGCAUUUAUUUCCUGAGUGAGAGCCCUGUUUUCUUCUUUCGUAGAAACCAGAUCAGCUUCUGUACGCUGAAGUCUGCUUUCCUUUUCCUUCAAGUCACAUUUUGUCUGUUUUAACUCAGCUUGGAGAUCAAGGGCUUGCUUCUUAAUUUUUUCCACUUCUGUCGUUGGAAAGCUCGUCUGAUUCUUAAUUUCUUGGACGUCAGUAAUAGCAAGGCCAAGGAAUGUAAAAGCGUUCAACACUCUAUCUACAGAAGUUUGAAAAUCAGCAUCUGCCAGUUUGCCCUCAGUGAUAUGGGCGAUCUCGUUUCGCACCUGACGAAUAUCAUCGACCUCUUUCUGGACAGCUGGACUUAAGGUGGUACCAAUACUGUCUGAGUACAGGAUGGCAAAAAACAAACAGGUGCAGUCCCACUCGGCCGUGUUACCAUUCUGUAUUGUCGCGAGCAGUCGGCCAUUUUUCUUGCGACUUGAUUUCGAUUCCUUGUCGUAGAAAUCACGACCAUUUUGUGCCGUGUCUUUCCAUUCUCCGAGUGGCGCCUUGUAACGAAAGUCCCACUCGUUUUUGAAAAUUUGCCGCAGUCCUUCUGGAACCAAAUCAAAUACUACACAACAGAGUCUGAAGAAGUUCAGUUGCUCCUGCGAGUAUUCCAUCACCAGCUCUUGAUCCUGCAAUCGAUUCGCUCAGUUAAUAAACUAAUGAAUUCCUUUCAUAAGUUACGUUAGAUAAGUAUGAACACAUAUUUUUUUAUUAACCUUUUCGGUAUAAAGCUUUUUAAUUUAUGACUAGUCUGUUCCAGGCUCCAAGAUAGUGGUACAGUCGUACAGUAAAAAAUGAUGCAAAAUACGCGCGGGGGACACAGCCCCCUCCAGAUCGCGCGAGUCCUAUUUUCGCUUCGCUUGUUUUAUUUUCUCGGCGGCUCUACUUUCUGAGAGCCUGGCACAGGCUACUUCAUAACAAGAGAUACGGCUCGUGACCAGCAACGUGCUUCUAAGAUUUGUUAAGUAAUGAACGCUCUUCAAUGUUUCCAUUUUAAAACCACGUAGACUACAUUUUGAAAGGCUUCGACUAGCGCUUGGUGUGACUGUCAAGUAGAGGAAGCAGAUUUUGCAGAAGAGAAGGAUAAAACAAUCGAAGGAGAUGUACCCUUUUAAUCAAAUUGCGGUCUUUCUGAUUCAAGUACGUAGGAGGUAUUUUCGACUCCAGAGCGCUCGUCUGUACGCGGCCAGAAAAAUCCCAUGGCAGCAUGGCUCCGUAGAGGAAUAAUAAUGAGGAAGAGGUGCAACGGGUGCGCACGCACCUCCUUCCCACUGACUAUUUUCAAAUCCCCAUAAUGCACUCUGUUUACCCCUCAAAUUUUACAUAAGGUAUUGUUUUCAUAUCCUUUUGGGAAUAUACAGUCCUCCCAAGAGGAUUUGAAAACAAUAGUCUAUGCAAAAUUUUUGGGGGGGGUGGGGGGCGGGCAAGCAGAGUGCAAUAGACACAUAAUAGACAUAAGAAGAUAACGGAUCAUAACGAACAGAGAACAAAACGAGAACGAAAGUGGGUUGGUCAAAAGUUCAUAAAUUUUGCUCGCCACUGAGACUGUCAGUUUUUAGUCAUAAAAAGGUGCGUGAAGAUUUCACUGAGCACUAAGCAACGAAACCUGUGAAUGGACGGGAGGUUAAGGAAAGACGUUUUUGAGCUAGGUACGUUAACCGGAAGUGGUUUUUUGCAUUCUUGGGCAGUAAAUGUCCUCAACUUUUGGAAAAAUUGUCUCUAUAUGAAUUUUAAUUCUUAAAAGACGCCGAGCAAUACAAUUUGGUAGCGUCAAGGCACAUUUAAAGGGAAAAGGCCGUACUUCCGGUUGACGUGCGUCGCUCAAAAUUGACCGCUCCAGAAAAUACCAUAACAUACCAUAAUGCCCUUUGUUUGUCACCCCAAAAUUUUGCAUAAACAAUGUUUUCAGUUUCUCUUGGGAGUUAAAAUGGCCCCAAGAAAAGCUGAAAACAAUGCUUGUGCAAAAUUUUGGGGUGACAAGCAGAGAGCAUUAUGGUAUGUUAUGGUAUUAAACUGUCGUGGUCAAUUAAAAAACGCUUUUGCUUUAGCCUGCAGACGUCUCUUAUUUCCGUCGUUGCACAGGAACUUCCUGUCAGUCUCAAACUCAAGAACUUUGAGUUUCGUUGAAAACGCUCGAUUUUUGUGUGAACAGAAAGACGAUUUGCAGAGAUACCAUUGUUAGAAACUUUGCUCAUAUUGCUAAACCCAAGCUUCAAAACAAAUUUCAAUCACUUAGUUGAAAGCGAGAACGAUUGAACUUUAUUAUCCACAUAUCUAAAAAUCGAGAAUUAUCCAGCCACUUCUGGCGCGACGAGAGCAGGUUAGAAAAACUACUGAAACUGGCUCAUAUUUAAGUUGGAGUCACCUUAAGCUCCCUAUUUGAAUGUCAAGCAUCUGUGAACACAAACUGAAAUUUCUUUAAUUCCUUUCCAAGGCAUGCAAUAAUCGUUCGUUUUGAACUCGCACGAUCAAUGGUCCACGACGAUCGACGUAUAUUUUCUAGGACGGUAGAAGUCACUUUAACGCACGUAUGUUUAACCGAAAAGCGACCGUUAGCAAAAGUGAUAAACCACACGGAGUCCAGUCUUCAAUGAUCUCGCAUAAGCACAGGGAAGUAUGACUUGUACUCGCAUAUGUUGUCAGCUUCAAAUAAUCACGCGAAAAUUAAAAUGGUUUCGAAACACGAUAACCAAACAGUUACAACAGACAUAUAUAACCUUUUUUCUUCAAAUUCUAAACCAUGCACAAAACAGAGACCAAGAAUGAAUGCUGCAUAAGGCUUUCACACGUUGUGAAAACAAGAGGCUAUAGAAACGCUUCGUAUUGAGAACAACUGAAUUUCGUCAGCACAUGGCGAAGUCUACAACGAAUUAUUAAAUCUGUGAGCAUAAUAACCAGAGAAAAACUACCCACCUUCCUCAACAGAAUCCAAAGAAAUUCUAUUCACUAUAACAUGAGGUAAACUGCUUGAGGCUGAUGGAAAGUGAAAGUGAGGUAUGAUACACAUGACUGAUAAUACUGACGUCAAACGCACCCUAUUUGCACAAUCACACUAUUUAGACAGUCACGCUAUUUUAGACAGUCACGCUAUUUGUAGUAUGGACAUACCGUAAAAUUCCGAAAAUAAGCCCCGGGGCUUAUAUUUUUCAAAGGCCCUUUUUGAGGGGCUUAUUUUUGGAGGGGCUUACAUUCGGAGGGGCUUAUCUACGGAGGGAAAUUUGCGUUUCAAAAUCGAUCGGGCUAGCCUUAUAGUUGGAAGUAAAUUUACCGUUUUUGCUUUGUUUUACUUUGUAUUUGAGGGUAAUUUCCAAGUACAAGCCCCCGUGGGGGCUUAUAUUUGGAGGGGCGAUUUAAGGGAUGAUUUUUUGCGUUACGAGUUUAGGGGCUUAUAUUUGGAGGGGCUUAUACACGAAGGGGCUUAUUUUCGGAAUUUUACGGUAAUCAAGUGCAAUGACUGAAGUGUAGGGGAUGGGUGGGGUAGUGUAGUGUAGUAUAGUGUAUAUACUGUGCAUGGAACCUUGCGUUUCCUGUAUUUAUCUCACCUAUUGUAUGGAAUAUGUGUGAAAAUCUUCCUUAUGAAUCGGUAUACUUCAAAGAGCUACACAACGAGCAAGAAUGCUAUUGACCGACAAUAUACAGAGCGGGGGCAGCUGUAGUGUCAACUAUUACUAGUUUUUAGUAAACACUGGCACGUUAAACGUGCAUGAGCUAUUUUGAAUGCUUCAGUGUAACGUCCUUACCAAGAGUGAUGAAUCUACCUUUUUCGUCCUAAAUGUAGACUGGGUUUUUGUGCGAAAUUGGGUAUUGCGGUACAUAAAUGAAAAUGCGAAUCGCUCAGUUGCGUCGAUCAUCAUGCUAUAUAUUCACUUUCCUCUGUCUUUCCCUGUUACAUUUGGUGCAAGUUAAAUAAAUUAUUAAAGUAAAAUAAAUGUCUACUCACCAAAUGUUGAUUAGAAGGAAAACUCUAAGGUUUCCUCGGAGUUUCUUAAGCCAAAAUGUGACUCAUCGAACUUACGAAAUACCAGGAUUCUUAUCAUUGUGGUAGAUGGUUGCAUCAUCACAGUUCACGAGGUUUUCACGUGCUAUUCUACUCAGUGAAACAGUCCUUAACUCCGACAACUUAUUUCUUCAUGUUUUAAAAGCUAUUGCUUCUUAAAAGACAAGAGCCUUUUUAAAGGCAUUGGUUACAAAACGAAACAGGUUUCCAUACGUUCAAGUUACUAUUAUUAUCGUGAAAAGCCAAUCUGCAUGAGAUGUACAGUCACACAACUGGCACGUGAAAGUGUUGGACUUUGACCCCUUUCGUGGUUCGUACGUGAGGGAAUUCGAGUUAUCACACGGUAAUCUAGUAAAGAGAAUAAUAAAAAUAACUCAUGCACCCAAUUUGCACGUGAAGAUGUUGGCCUUUGGCCCUUUUACAAUUCGUACGUAAAAAAACCCCAAAUUGUUUACUACAAAAUUUUCUCAACGAUUUUAAGAAAUCACCUCGGCUUCAUUACAACAUCUGCAAUUAAAUUAUGUUUCAUGCAACGUCAAGGUUGAUAGCCUAACAUUUAUUAAGGUCUAUUAACUUCCAAGAAAAUUAUCAAACUGCCGAAAUAUAUUUCUGCUCAUAAUCAUGUUACUCCACUCAAUAAAACAGUAUCUAAUUAUUGUGUCAACUAGCUUCUUCCAAUUUUAUUCCCUAACGCUACUGGUUUCUACUUAAGUUACUCAUCUUUGCUAAAUAAAAUACGUUUCAAUAACUAUAAUGCUUAGUAUGCAGGAAGGAUGUAUCAUGUUGUUCACUUAUUAUUAUUAUUAUUUUUUGUUUUGCCGGAACGAAAAAGGUCUGUUGAACUUUUUAAGCAAGAGAAUAAUAUUUUUAAAGCUUGUUUACAGUCUUUUCAGGAUUAACAAUACUCGGUACAGCUUUCAAAAAAUAAGCUGCCUUUCAAACUUGCAAGACUACAUUUUAUAGGCUGCAUACUUUCAAAUUAAAGUCCAUAUCUAAAUAUCAAUUAUUGCUUCACUGGAAGAGCUUUGAAAAUAUAUGACCUUUUAUAUUCUACCUUGGAGCAGGUGAAACACAACUCAUAAAUACCGUAUUUUAUUCGAUUAACCGCCCUGGGUGCUUAUUAAAUUUUUGGACCUUGAGAGUGGGCGCUUAUUCGAGAUGGGCACUUAUUCGAGGCUGGGCGCUUAUUAAAUUUUCACUAUUUUCAGCAAGUGAAGUAUGUUUAUUUUGCAACAAAACAAUAAAUGCUAAUAACAAAACGCGGAGAAGUAACAAAGAAAGGUUUCUGUAUAAUACUCUGAAGAAAACUCCGUCCUCCGGGAAGUCUCUUAUUAGAAUUUAUUCACUCGAGUGGGUGGGGUGGGGGUGAGCACUUAUUUGAGUUUGAUUGGGAGGAGGAGUAGGUGGGGGCUUAUUCGAGGCUGGGCGCUUAUUAACUUUUUCUGCCUUUAGGAUGGGCACUUAUUCGAGGUGGGCGCUAAUUCGAGGUUGGGCGCUUAUUCGAAUAAAUGCGGUACAUGCGUCAGUACCGUUCACGAUAGCCGAAUUCGGUCAGAAAUGUCUUGAAAUAACAUCCACACUAAAAGAUGAACCCUUAAACAGCUGCAUCAAUGUACACAGCGUUUGAAUCAUGAAGAUAUUUAAUAUAAUGUUUCCAAACACCUGUAGCCGUAAUAAAAGACGAAAAAAUUGUCAAGAAUCAAGAUGGUGAUCUAAAAGUGCCCUUGUUCGACCUUUAGCAAUGUCAUGUUUAAGUAGAUGCCAAGAUCUCAUUGUUUCCUAAGCAUCAACUCAUAGUACCUUCAACCUUAUUGGCUCUUGCAACAAACAUCCGAACACACGAAGAUACAGAGAUACAAAGCCACAAAGAUACAUACGCUCACACCACUGACAUAUGAGCUAUUUUCCAAAAUAGCUCAAUAAUAUUUCUGCUACUGUCUUGGCUCUCAAUAGCUGUGUUCACACUACUGACUUUUUACCUCGGUAAACUCGACUUGUUGACAGUUUGCUUAGGGAAACUUGAUUUUUUAAGUGUGACCGAUUUUUCCCUAAGUAGCUUACCUCGGGGAAAUUUUAUCGUCUGAGGCUUGGAUAUGUCUCUAGGACAAUAGACUUUCCCUUGACAGCUACCCCAAAGCGAUAGCCAAGAAAAAAGAAAUACCGAGGUUGCUAGCCAAUAGAUGCGCAUUGGCGAAGGUCUUGAUGACAGAACCAGACAUAGCUCACGCGGUGAAAGAAAGUUUGGGGGCACGAGUUGCCCACGUCAUCGCCUGUCUUCACCUUGCACGUUGAAUUAGCAUAAGAAAUAACAGCAAGAUAAAAGAAAAAACGUCUCUUUGAUCGGGUAGAUCCCUGCGCAUCUUGCCUUCUUGAAUUUAUGAUCCAAAAAAUUCAACUGUGCAUGAAAACCUUAGGAGCCAAUAUCAGUAGUGUGACCUUCCCAGAAUUUUUUAACCCAGGUAAAACAAAACCCGAGAUGAAUCUACUUCUGGAGAUUUUUGAUGAAUUUACCCAAGGUAAAUCGGUUUUACCUAGGUAAAGUCCGUAGUGUGACCACAGCUACUGUCUUGUUCUCAUAACACUAUAAGUCAUGCUAUAACAGUAGGUGAUUUUACUCUUCUAUAUAUGUGCCACAUGGUGACUUUCCUUAUUUUUACCUUUUCUUUGAUAGGUACUUGCAUUCUAAUAACCUUCAUGAACUUCCAGAUGGUAAAAUUACAUUAUUUAUUGUGGAUACUAUAUUUUCAUGUAAAUAAUUGACUGAAAUUAAAGGUCGUGGAGAGUUUAAUAUAAGUUCCAAUAAAACUUUGGUGUAACGCUGAAGGCAUUGCUCUUUCUCUGUUUUAGGAAUUGGAAAACUUCAGACACUGGAGAGACUUAAUGUUUGUAAUAACUUCUUGAAAAAUCUAACUCCAGCCAUUGGUCAGCUGACAUCACUUACAUCAUUGCAACUUGCCAACAAUGAAUUGCCAUUUUUACCCCAAGGUACGUAGGCCAUAAGGCGAUUACUGUAAAUUCUCUCUUAACAGAUACAUCAGUAAGAUGAACACCUUCAAAAAGUGAUGAUAGAGAGUUGCUUCAUACUAUUCUUCAGUCAAUCUCAUUGACCUUCUUUGAGGCAGACACAAAACUUAGAUGUUUAUUAGGUGUGGUUUAAGGGUCUCCAUCUAUUCUAGGAGUUCUGGGGAUGUAUAAUGCCCGGGUGGGUGGGGGGGACUCCGCAUAUGAAAGGGGUGGGGAUGCUCAUCGGAAACUUUGAAUUAAACCCCUAAAGGAGACCGAUCUGGGCAUGGCCCAAACUUUUUUUGAAAUCUAAAAGAGACCAUGUUAAAACACAGACAAAUAAGAAAACUUGGAUUAUAUGAAUGGAGUAAAUAAAACGAGUUAAAAUACACAUAUCAAAUAUAUAUUUUUAUAUUUUUUCGUGUGCAACCCUAAACGAGACCUUCAUGGCUAAAUAUGAUGGCAUUUUUCCCAGAACACCCUAAAUGAGACCAAAAUCCGCAAUUUACACCUCUAAGCGAGACGACGAGCAUCCCCACCACUUUCAUAUGCGGAGUUCCCCCCAGGGUGUAAUGUUAAAUUUUCUCAUACACAAUUUAACAUUCUGACCUAUAAAAUAUUAAUUCAUUUAUAAAUUACUUCUUUCCUCAGAAUUAGGGAAUCUAACACAACUAAAGGAUCUCAAUGUCAUUAAUAACAAGCUUGAAUGGUUACCAUGGCAAUUAUGCAACUGUGCAUCCCUUAACAGUUUAUCAUUUGAUGGAAAUGCCAUUCGCAAGAUUCCGCGUCAGUUAAUGAGGCAUCAAGGACUAACUGAUCUUUAUGCAAGUGGAAAUAAACUCAGUUCUUUACCUCAAGGUAACACAAUAAAAGGGCUCUUAAGGAUUAAGGAUUAUUUGAUCCACACACGCAAGCUGAGGUAAAGUUAUACUUCUUUUUUUAACUUUGUAGCCUGGGAAAACAGCCAUCCCUCCUCACUCCUCACUCUUAGGGACAUUUCCCAAGCAGAGACGUCUGUGCCUCAGUGACAGAAAUUCCAAUGAUGCAAAACUUUAUACUAAAUUGGGUAGUCAUAUGGGGUUUCCUAAAGCGAAUUUGUUCGAUUUUAUGUUUUGCCUGGUUGAUUAUGGUAAAGUUUUGUGUUCUGCAAAUGAGCUUGAGCAAAACUUCAAAUGCAUCUUGUAAAGAAGAAUCUUAAUUCAAGGAAUAUUCAUUUGACAGUUUUCGAAGUAGAUUCAUUCUGUUUACAUUAUCUUGACUUUUGUGACUAGUAUCUUUUGUCAGUCUUUAGUAAACAAGAGCUGAAGUAAUCAUAUAACUAAUCCAACCAAUAAGAGCUCCUGAGCAUAUUUCAAAUAGAUAUUACAUCAUUAUUAUGGAAUUUCUGUGACCAAAACACAGAUGUCCCUCCGGGCCAAACAUCUCUAGCGACAAAUUUAGCAAAGAGAGACGGCUGUUUUUCAGGCUACGUGCUUGCAGGGUGAAGAGUCACUUGUGUGAACCAGCCCUAAAUAUUAGUGCCUCUGUUUCUUUUUUUUAUAGAUGUGAAUCAGCUUUCCUCGCUUGAGUCUUUAAUACUAGACAACAACAUGAAUCUUCAGCUACUACCUGCCACUCUUCUCAAAAUGGAGAAUUUGAAAAUUAUUGGCUUAAGUUGGUAUGCAUCACUACACAUGUCUUAGUCAGGUCACUCUCAGUCUUGGUGUCCAUGCAUCUUAUAGAGAGACCAAGAAAAUGACUAAAGAAGGGCAGGGGUCAACGACUUGUUGUAUGUUUUAGAGAGUUGUUAGUUAAGAGAAAGUUUACUACUGUUUAUUAGUAAGGUUGCGCUAACGAAACACCGUCUCGACAUCUCUUGGGACUUGAUUCCCCAUUUUCGCUUCCUUUUCCUACUGAGUAUUUCAGGUGUCAUGGCAGGUCCUAAGAAGAGAAACUCACUUUUAUGCCCAAGAUUUAUAGAAAUUAUAUUUUCGAAAAUAGUGUUUUUCUGAUUCUAGUAUGCAGGUCAGAUACAGUGUCCUUUGCACACAUUGACAUGUCAACAAAUGAAAUGUUCAUAGCAUUAAUACUUGUGCUUGGCAGAGUAGCGGUUAGAGUCCAAAAGAAAAUAAAUUUACUGAAAAGAGAAGGUCAAGGAAAGGCACUAACAUUUUGUAUUGAGGACAUUCAAUUACUGGUUAUAAAGUGCCUUUCUUCCUAAUAUAGUAGUCAGUUGCAAAAAACAGUCCUGGAUAGGAUGGGAGGUCCUCUCUUUCAAACUGUUGAUCAGAAGUUGAUUGGGAUUGAAUGUUAAAUAACAGACCUGUUUAAAAAUCAUUGAACCUACAGGUGUAAACAUCCCAAGCAUGCAUGCUGAUUACUUUUUUACUUAUUCAGCAUUGCUGUCAGCAGUCUGUCCAGCUCAAAAGAAGAACAUUGUUCAGGUGAUCACAUUCCUCUUUCAUUCAGUUAUAUGUUUUUUGUAUUUGUUUCCAAAUCUUCUGUGAAUUUUACUCUAACUUGUAUAAAUGCUUCCUCAUUGAAAAUAGCUAGAGUGGCUGGGGUGUUGGGAAUAUUUGGAAAGAAGAGUUUCCUGUAUCUUGUUUUGGCAAAUCAGCCCAAAAAGGAUCUCUUGCUCAGUUUGGUCUAAAAUUAACUGGGGAGGGGGGGGGGGGGGGGGGGGGGGGGGCGGUCUCUCCCCAGGAUCCACCAAUGCUUGCUAUGAAGCAAGUUUUCAUAACCCAGUGUACAUGUAUCUUGUUAUUUUUAGGGAAUGGCCGUUUUGUAGUAAAGAUAAGGAAAUAUUGCAAGCAAUCGCAUCUGAAAGGCAUAGAAAGGCAUAGAAAGGCCAGAUUCAGAUUUAAAAUCCUUCUUGUUCCAUUUGCUGACAAAUGCCAAUAAAUUGAACAAUACCUCUCGCAUUUUUUCUUCGACAGAUUUAAGACAAGUGCUAAGUUUGAGGUAUAUCCUGGACAGCCACUACAGCAAUGUUCCACCCUUGACAGAAUUGUGUUUUAGAGCAGUCCACUCAUUUGGUAAGAAGUUUCACACUUGAUGUUCAAAGCCAUAUUAAUGUUUUAACCUUUUACAACAGUUUGUGCUAGCAGGUGUAAACUACCCUUUUUUUAGUACCAGAACAUGGUUCCCCAGACUGGGUGUGGCUAUUUAAGUCUCAAGUUGUCUUGAUUUUACUCCUACUGGGUCGGAAAAGUGGCACAACGCGUAAGAAAAUGAAAUGUCUAAUCUAAGAAACAUGGAAAUAAUUCUGAUUCUCAAUUAUUUAAAACUACUCUUAGGAUAGUUAAACUGUGAUCAGAUUCUCAAUCACAGUUCACCAAACCAGUUCUCACUCUAAGGUGAAGGCCUCUUUCAUCCCACCUCUUAAACAGUAAACUGUGAAGCCUGUGCAAUGAUUUGGCGACACUUCAUUUUGCAGUUUGUAAAUGAUAAGCUUAAAUCCCAAAUCAGCAAAUUCCGCCAUUACUUGUUUCACUUGUUACCUGAUUAUUGAAAGGUGAACAAACUGUCUUUUCAGUUGUCCCUGCUGUAAUUUCCUUUGUAGUUCGAUCCAUUACCGAUGAAAGUUUGUCAUCUCUUCUUCUUCCAUCUGAUGUGACCAGUUUUCUAAGUACGCCGACCGGGCACUGCUUUAUCUGCUGCAAUCCGUACUUUACAGCAGCGUUCCCUCUGAAAGAAAGCGCUGCUACAGCGCUGCAAGUGGUGAAACCAAGCUCGUUGAACUUACAGAGGUUGAGAGAAAUUCAAUGCACAUUUGUCUUCUGUUGCUGCUCAAUGAGGUGUUUGAGGGAAGUCUGCAGAAUGCGAGACAUUCCUGAAUGAGCAAGGACAUUUUAUAAUGGUUGUGUGAUCAUGACCUCGUAUGUGAUCGCAUGCGCGAGUUGAACUCGAUGUUUAGUUGGUGACAAAGGUGUGUCGCAUCGAAAUGACACUUUUUAUGAGUAAAGGAACGUUAUGAAAAAAACCCUGUGUCUUCAACGAAAAAACCCCACCCCAGAUCUAACCCAUGCUACCCUAAGGGAGCGUUCAUUAUUUAUCCUUUGGUGGGGAGGGAAGAAAAUUUCGAGGUGUUUCCUUGCGUGGGGGGUCAUUAGAGUGUCAUGAUAGUUAGUGGGGUAAGUUCCUAUCGCGCUCCAGUCCUCAAUUAGCCUGUCAACACUAUUUCCAACCGGAUGUUUUCCUUAACGCGUUCAGCCAAUAAUUAAAGAUGUUCUAUUUCGGAAAGGUAAUAGCCAAUCAGAAAACACCUACCAUAUUCGCAAAAGUAGGUGACGUCACCGGAUAACGUUAGGAAUUUUGACGUCUUUCUCUACCCGGCGCCCCCCAAGGGUUAGAGGGUGGGGAAAAACGAUUGAGGAAAAAGAGAUUGUUACAGUAAUGGAGCUCCCUUGACUCUGACGGGAGUUUCCUGAAUAAAUAAAGGUGUUUAUCUCUAGUUUGAUUUAAAUUAUUUGUUCCAGGCAUUUGCUCGGCCCCACUGGCAUUAGUGUAUAAAUACUGCCGAGGGUAAAUAAAGGAUUUUUAUUAUUAUGACUUAUUAUUCUUUCACGUGGUUUGAGUCAUUGCUUCAGAGAAACAUUCAGGCUGCUUGCAGUUUUCUCUCGUUAAUUAGUGGUGUCAUGAGAAUUCGACAGCUGCCCCCAAAAUUUACUCGCAGUAACUUGUUUUUUGUGAAAAUCUAGUAAACACCAGGUGAAAAAAUAUAAAUUUAUAAUUUUCCUUUACGUGAUCUUGGUACUUGGUGUACUUCAAUCACGACCUUAAUUUUUUGCCCGUUAUCGUGUGGUGUCCAGGAACAACGUAACCUGUUAACAAUACGGUUCCCCGGCCUUUACUUAUAGUUAAAAUAAAACUACAAAAAUUGCGUCUUGGUUAUUAAUAUAACACUAAAGUAAACUGUUUUUAAAAUUAAUGUUCUCAUAAUGGAAGGUGUAGAUUAGAGAGAAUAAUAUUUGUAGGCGAAUUCUACGAAGCUCUGCAUAUAAACGUUAGAAACUAACCUCGAUUGGCAUUUUUGCCUUUUGAGUUAUUCCAGUAUAACUGAGGGUUAUGAAAGAGAGACCUUUCAAUAACAGUGUAUGUCUUAAAAAAAUACUUCAAAACGUCGUAAUAGUUUUGUUUUAGAGUUAUCAUUAAUAGUAAGCAAGCACACUCAAGUUGUUUCUUUAGAUAAACAUUACUGACCACCUAUUGUAGGUUCAAUAAACAAUUUUGUUAUUGAUGAGAAAAUAAUUAAGCGAUUUGCUGUAACAAAAACUUUGAAUUCUCAGUGAUAAACAUUCUCACUACAAUUAAUCAUCCAUCCUUGUUGCUUUUUCCGCCCAAAAAUCUUUAAAGACUGUGAAUUUUCUAAAAUUAAGUUUUUUAUUGUCAAUAUUUAUGCUGUAUUUUUUAUGAGCCAGAGUAUUUUCUUGUUGUUUGUGUUACCAUAAGUACGUUCUUUUUUGCGAAUUGUUUUAAUAAACCACCUGCAGGCAGUUAAAUUAUUAUAUUCAUUGGAGGGUCGCUAUAACGAUUGGUGCAAUCAUUGUCCCGUAAAAAUGGUUUUGCUUUAAGGUGACGAACUGACAUCGAGUGGACUUCAAGUUUGAAGAUGAUCAAUAGUUUCUGAUUAAUCGCUUGAUCAAAAUGACUGAAAGUGUGUACGAAGAGUCCACAAAUACAACCGACAGUGACUUCUAUUUUGAACAAUAUUUCGCCGAAGAAUACAAGAGAUAUUCGUUGUUCACAAACGUCGUGUAUGUUUUGCAAUUCGUUGUAGCCGUGAUCGGAAUCAUCGCGGACAUCACAAUUUGCGGCGUUCUGCUCCGCAAGAAACGCCUACUGAAAAACUUCUCAAAUUUUCACCUUUUCAACUUAGCUAUGACGGAUGUGGUCUUUAGAAUGGCUCUUACACCGGUUUUAUUCGCUAUUGAAAAUAAAGAAGUAAGAGAUGGUAGCAAUGCUUUGUGCAAACUCGGAGGAUUUGGAAGUUACACUACCCUGGCUGUCACCUUUGUCCUGCUGUUGGGAAUUACGUUAGAUCGCUAUUUUCAUAUUGUACAUCCGAUCAAAGCCAGAAACAUAACAUGGAAGCACAGCCGAAAAGCCGUAUUUUUCUCCUGGUUAUACGGAGCUGCUUGUUCGUCACCAAUUCUCUUCAGUAUAGAAUACUCAACAGUCGACUGGAAGGAAACAGAUUACGAGGUCUGUCUGUGGGGUGUUGGAUUGCCUUUUCAAAUUUCAUCAAGUGUAUUUCUGUUCUUUGCCUUUUUACUUCCUUUAGCUUUGAUGACAGUUGCCUACGCCAAGAUUUUAAAAGCUCUCUGGCAACGAGCGCGAAAUAACGUCUGUGUCAACUCACAAAUUGCAAACGCUAAAUUUCGCGCGGUGAAAAUGAUGGUGUGUGUGGUGAUUGCAUAUUCGAUAAGUUGGGGGCCGAAGCUAGUUUGGGAUUUUUUGCAAGCGUUCGAGAUAGUUUCUCUAGAGUACAUGAUUGACUGGGAAAGUAAAGAAAUACCUCUGGAAGACAAAAUUAGAGAAGAGAAGAACUACAUAAAGUUACUUAUUAUUGACGAUACCAUGGAAAUGUUAACCUAUACAAGUUCCGUGUUAAAUUCUGUCAUAUUUGGUUAUUAUAACAAGUCUUUCAGGGAGGAACUGAAAAGUUGUUGUUGCAGAAUAAAUUGUUCACAAUGUUUUAAAACAGGUGAUACGAAGACCAAAAGUCGUAAGAAA